UUCUGAUACGCUCACCUACGACUAGCUAACCAAGGAAUCGAAUAUGUCUGGACGCGGAAAAGGAGGCAAAAUCAAGGGCAAGUCUAAGUCCCGCUCGAAUCGGGCCGGACUCCAGUUCCCGGUGGGCCGUAUUCAUCGUCUGCUCAAGAGAGGAAACUACGCCGAACGGGUGGGAGGAGGAGCCCCCGUUUAUCUGGCCGCCGUGAUGGAGUAUUUGAGUGCCGAAGUGUUGGAGUUGGCCGGCAACGCAGCUCGGGACAACAAGAAAUCUAGAAUAAUCCCGCGCCAUCUACAGUUAGCCAUUCGGAACGACGAAGAACUGAACAAACUGCUUUCGGGAGUCACCAUCGCUCAGGGUGGUGUUCUGCCGAACAUACAGGCCGUUUUGUUGCCCAAGAAGACUGAGAAGAAAGCACAAUAGAGCUUAGUGCCGCAUUGGAACAACAGGACAUUGUGGAAUAUCAAACCGCCCUUUUCAGGGCGACCAUCAACGUUUUGAAGAGUUUAAAAAAGUUUAUAAAUAAAGAGUUUACUCGUGAAAUUCAAAUAAAAAAUGCAAGAGAAAUUUAUUUUGUGCCUCUACCGU